AUGGAGGAGCUUCUGGAGCGGGAGAUUGAGGAUCUCAAACGACAGCAGCAGCAGCUCGAGCAUGAACUGAUGGCCAUAGAUGAGUUGGGAAUCUGCACACCAAGCGGCGGUGUGGUGAAUGCCAACGCGCCUGAAACAGCGCCUGCUGGGAUUGCUGCAACUGGGGAUGGUGUACCUUUGGGCGAGCGGAUGGCGCAGAUGGAGGAGCAGCGGCGUCGUUACCAGCGGGAGUCAAAUAAGGCGCUGCGGCGGUAUUUUGAUGCGGUGAGCGGCUAUCCGCAAUACCAGGCAAAGCGCGAGAGGCUGCUCAAUAGUGCUCGCCCCUUUUCCUUUGAGUGGCGGGAGCUGCAAAAGGAGCAACGGAUACAAACACGUCGGAGAGAGGAGGAACGAUGCCAGCAGGAGCAGGCGCUGCACCAGACGUUGAACCACCGCUUUAAGGCGAAUCCUGUGCCUCCCUCCACGUACAUGAACAAGUACGAUCUUAUGUUGGAGGAGUGGCGUCAGCGGCGUGCCGCAGUGGAGGCUCUAGCUCUUGAAAAGGCUGAGCGGAUGCGGGCAGAGACGGAGCUAGUGCGUCUUUCCGCGGAGAGCAUGCGCCAAGUGCGUGAGGUUAUGGGUGUGCGGCACGAUACGAAGGCACAGCGCGCAAAGGACGCAGCGUUUGAGGUGAGACACCGUCGACGUGUUGAGGAGAUUCGCGAGAUCCCGCUGGAGGUGAAGAUGAAGCUGUGGCCUGCGCUGCAGGAGCACGAGCAGGUGCGGCUUGAGUGCAUCAAACAGCGUGCAGCUGAGCGCCUGACUCAGUUGGAGGGGGUACGACAUUCAGCCAUGGUUGAAGGUGACACCCAGUUACAGCAGCAGAAGCAGCGGCAGUCACAGCCACAGGUGGGGGUUAUGCCACCACCGGUGGUGCCUGUGGGUGGACCCAUCGAAGCACCGGUUGUGCCACAGAUGAUUAGGGUAGGUAAUGUCUCAGCGGCAGCUGGAGCAGGAGGAGGUGCGACAAUCGCGCAGCCCUCCGUGCCAACACCAGUAGUUGCGUCAGCAGCGGCAGCUGGUGAGGAAGGCGCGACAUCUGUCACGCAACAGCCACGGAAAAGGUGUGAUAAAAACAGUGACCCGAGUAAGUACAAUCGUAACAUGAUAUUCAAACCACAAAUACGUGGCGGCGUGCCCGAUUUCAACACCAUGUGGGCCGAGGAUCGUCUGAUGAUGGCAGAGCGGAAGCGUAAACUGCGGCCUACAGAGGUGCAACCCUUUAAUCUGACGCAUUCUUCGAAGGAAACCAUCGUCAGGGGGCGUUCGGCGUUGCCUGCGAAGCGUUUUAUGUCAUCAACACGUUCAGGGCAGCGGUGCAGGUCUGUGGCGAAUGAGGUAAAGGCCACGCGCCCGACGUCACAGCCAGCAGGAGGGGAUAAUGAAGAUUGUCCCCAAGGGGACUCGCGCCCAUGCAAUACGCACGCAGGCCGUCUUUAG